AGGAGACAGAGGUAGACUUUCAGCUCCGGCCCACAGACACACAGUGAAACAGUAGACCUCCCCCUUAUGCAUUUUUAACAGCUCAGCAAGUGAUGGGAACAGUUUGGUUAGGACACUUUGUCCACAGACAGAGUGACCCAAGUGAUCAGGUGAGUCCAAACCGUUCUGUUUGUUCGCUAUUGCUCUGCUGUAUUUAUCAGGCAUCAUGUGCAAACUAACUUUGUUUGCAGGAUUAUUUCCCUGUAACGCCAACCAGUUUUGGCUUUGGUAACAUCUCAGCGCACUGGCUGUGAUACUGCCGUGCUCUUUUUAUAGCUUCAAUUCUUGACUCUUUGAUGAAUGAUCACUUCAUGUGAGAUCUACAAAAAUCUCAUUCUUUUUUUUGUGUAAAUGUGCGCCCUCAAGUUUUCUUGUUAACGUCAGGAUCAUUGAGAUCUAUUUCAGACCUUGACUCUCCGAGCUGUCGUGCUCGCUGUAAUUACGAGAGAGAAUUACAACUUGAUCUAUUCAAGAUAAGGAUUUACCUUAAAGGGAUACCCAAUCACAAAUUAAUCCUCUUCUUUUUCCCCUCAGCUCUGAAUAACAAUCCUCGCCAUUUUUCCUGGAAAAGAGAGGAUCAAUCAUCUUUUUCUUUUUUUUAAUUCAUCUAUUUAUUUUUUUUAAAGUGGACUCUUUCUGUCAGGCAUUGUAUGAACCGCCCUCACAAUUUGCUCACUUUGACCCUGCAUUUGAAAAAACUGAGGUUCCAGUCCGUGGGUGCGAACCACCUGGCUUUCACCCCUUUGAGAGGACCUUCGAUCCAUAGGCACUUCUGAGGUUUACCAGUAAAGACAGGAUGCCUGGAGCCAGUGGCGUCAACGUGGAGGGCUCGUGUGAGGCCCUGUGUCGGACCCUGGUGUCUCAGAACGGCCUCCAGAGAGAGACGGCCGACAUCUCCCAGUCUGUCCUCUACACCUCGCUGAUGGGCCUGCUGCUGGUCGCUGACAACGAGAAAGAGCAGCUCACCAUAGGAAGUGGGAGAGUUGGCCUUAGAAACAUAGGGAACACGUGUUUCCUGAAUGCAGUAGUCCAGUGUUUGUCUCACACAUGUGGCCUGCGGGACUACUGCCUCCUGAAGCUCUAUGAGCAGGAGAAGUUCUCCAAGGAGGACGCUAAGCUCACUGAAGCCUUCUCUCAGGUGCUGUUGGGCCUUUGGAACGAAAACGAAGGGGACACAGUUGUGAACCCACGACAGUUUUACAACUUCUUUAAAGAAGCUGUGCCAUACUUCAGUGGUUACAGUCAACAGGACGCACAGGAGUUCCUCAGGUUCCUUUUGGACAAGCUGCACACGGAAAUCAACCGCAAACCCAAUGUGCGACGAACAGGGAAGGAGACUGAACAAAAGUUCACCAGAUUUAGGAUUUCCGAGGAGGCGGCAGCCAUGUGGAAGAAGCACUUGGAGAGAGAUGACAGCAGAAUAGUAGACCUGUUCUCGGGCCAGCUGCGGAGCUCGCUGCACUGCUCGGUGUGCUCCCACUACUCCAACACAUUCGAUGUGUUCUGUGAUCUGUCGCUGCCCAUCCCCAAGAGGAGCUCUGGCGGCGAGGUCACGCUGAGGGAGUGUCUGGACCUCUUCUCUCAGGAGGAGAAACUGGACAAGGAGAAUUCCCCAAUGUGUGAGAGGUGUAACAGGCAUACAGAGUGCACCAAGCGGCUGUCCAUCCAAAGGUUUCCCCAGGUUAUCGUGAUCCAUCUGAAUCGUUUCACAAUGACACGGUGGUCAAUCAGUAAAAGCACGGUGUACGUGUCCUUCCCACUCACUAACCUGGACCUUGGGCCUUAUGGACCCAUCGACUGUGGCCCAGUGCUGUAUGACUUGUAUGCAAUCUGUAACCACGCUGGGACUGUGAACAUGGGCCACUACACCGCCUGCUGUUCAGAUGAAAAUGGAUGGUGCUUCUACAAUGACUCCAGUGUGACUCCAGUCUCAGAGAACCAGCUUCAGACCAAUCAAGCCUAUGUGCUAUUCUACCAGCGCAGCAACAGCACCACUACCACCAACGCAAGGAAAUAGACCAGAGACUGGCUGAGCCAGGCAGCCAAUCAGAUUAACUUUACCUCCAGUGUCCAUAGAAACAAAUAGAAGCAGCAGUGCUGCCAUCUAUGAACUUCUGUAUGAGCUCAAAUGAACUCUGAGGAGGAGAGAGGAGCUCCGUCACUUUAAGUGGGCUUGAAGAGCUGAUCUUCCCUCCUAAAUCAUGGAAAAGCUUUUGAAGAGUCACGGCAUGAAAGCUGGGACGGCUCUUAGACGGACUGUAGCCUUACAAGUCUCUGUGUCCUCAGGCAGCAGUGAGUGGGAUACUUGCACAUUAUGCAGAGCUCUCAAUGUGAGAUGGUCAUGAUUCUUCUUCCUACCAAACCCAAAUGUGCAAAAACAAAUCUUGGGUGUAAUAGCAAUAUGGCAAUAUUUCAUUACUCGGUUGUCCUACUCAAAUUCUCUGACUUUAUUUUACUUUCAAACUUGAAUUUAAAAAUAGUAAUAGCCUAACUAUCUAUGCAGACUUAUUUUAUUUUUAUUUUUUUUUAUCUUUAUAACUCACCACAGGGAUAGUCACCAUUAAAAGCUGAAAAUAUGAAAAUGAGCUAUAUGUUCCAUCUAAGUGAAUUAUAAUUUCUCUCUUUCUCUCUCCCUAUAUAUCCCUAUUCAUAUCUGUAUGUUUAUUUAUUUUUUACAUUUGCGUCUACUUUUAUUGUAUAUAUGGACAAAUUGCACUGCUGAAUGUAUUGCAUUGUUGACAUUUGAAUCAGUCAAUAAAUGAACAAGCAACAAGUCAGUCUAUUAUUAUUCUUAUUAUUAUUGCUGUUG